AUGUUCAUUUUCCAGAGUCGAGUGACUUCUUCUAUUCAACGUGUUGAAGAUGUAUUAGAUCUCAAAUUCUGUACAGAUGGAGUACAAUCUUCUCUUCAGGGUGAAGAUUAUGAAAAGGCAGCUGGGCACAUUCACCGUUUCCUAAGUUUGGAUGAAAAUGUUUUGAGAAUGGCAAGUGAUGCCAGUGAGGGUAGUACACUGGACACUUCAUUCAAAAUGCUGCAUGAAGCUGAAGAGAAACUGAAGACAAUUGUUCGGAAUAAAUUUGAUGCUUCAGUUCAUUCUGGAGAUGUUGCAUCAGUGGAACGGUUCUUUAAGAUCUUUCCUUUACUUGGUUUGCAUGAAGAAGGUCUCACCAAAUUUGGCAAAUAUUUGGCAGCACAAUUAUCCGAGCCAGUUGGUAAAUCUCUGACAGAGAACAUAAAAAUAUCAGAUGAUGACAAACGAUCCAAAAUCCUUUUUGCAGAUGUCAUUACAAUGAUGUUUGAGAGGAUUGCACGGAUUGUUGAAACUCAUCAACCACUUGUGGAAACAUAUUAUGGUCCUGGAAAGUUGGAUAUUAUGCUGAUACUUUUACAGAAAGAGUGUGAUAGGCAAUCUAGAUUAACAAUAAAGGAAUUUAAAAAACGUAGAGAGUUUGAUUACAAGAUUCAACAAGUCCAACAGAGUAUGUUAUUCUCAAAAUCCAUUUCAGAAAAAUUAGACUGCAAAGAAUUAGAUGUCCUGCUGUCAGAAUUAGUUUUAUUGAACACUCGUGCAGAAAUUUAUUUACGGUUUAUGAAAAAAAGAGCUUUGAAUGAUGUUGAAGUUGCAUAUCAAGAUAGUAAAGAAAAGGAUGAAAAAUGUGCCAAUAUUGAUAGAAUAUUUAAUAACUGUGAUCUGAAUCAAUUGAUGCAAGAAAUGAUUGGACACUAUAUUUUAAUGGAAGAAUUCUUUAUGCGAGAAAUGGUUUUGAAAGCAGUCACUAUGGAUACAAUUGAAGAGAAUUCUCUUUAUUCCAGUAUGGUUGAUGAUUCUUUUUUUAUUGUCAAAAAAUCUGUGAGAAGAGCAAUUUCCAGUUCCAGUGUGGAUGGUGUGUGCGCCAUGUUGAACCACUGUUGCACAAUAUUAGAACAAAAUUUCCGAGAAACACUUUAUGCUAAGCUGCGACCUGGUUUUCCAUCAGGGUUUGACUUGACCCAGGCUUAUAACAUUAUGCAGUCAAGUUUCCAGCAAGGAAAAUUAAGUUCUGAUACAGAGAAAGCAAAAACAGCAUUCCUGGUGACAUUGAAUAAUGCAGAAGCGAGCUGUGAUUAUAUCAAGUCUCUUCAAAAUAGUUUAGAGGAGGAAGUUUCCCAAUUGUUCAGCCAAUGUAAUGAUCAGAACAAAGCUAAACUUGAGUCUUGUUUAGCUGAUCUUGGAGCUGUAUCAGCAAGAUUCAAAGAUGUUGUUGAUUUUGGAUUUUCUCAGCUCAGUUCUAGUGCAAUCAAACCUCGCAUUAAGCCCUUGGUUGAUGCACUUUUAUCUACAAAUCACAAUAUAACUGAGGAGGAAUUUUCAAAUUAUGAAGCCAAUGAUCCAUGGGUUCAAAAUUUCAUUAUGAAUUUGGAUGGAAUGCUUGUAAAUUUCAAGUUGGAAAAAGCUGUUUUGAAAACCACUUUUAAUAGACUGGGAGGUUUGCAGUUUGACAAGGAAUUACGAGCAUUAGCCAGUUACCUCACAUCUGUAACUACAUGGACGAUUAGAGAUAAAUUUGCUCGUCUUACACAAAUGGCAACCAUAUUAAACCUUGAGCGAGUAACAGAAAUUCUUGAUUACUGGGGUCCAAAUUCAGGCCCUCUAACUUGGCGUUUAACACCAACUGAAGUUCGGCAGGUUUUAGCAUUGCGAAUUGAUUUCCGAAGUGAAGAUAUUCGUCGACUCAAAUUAUAA